AUGCGAAUACGAAAGAAAUUUUUAAAUAACACAAAUUGAAUUUCAAUACGAGGAAGGCACUUAUAAUAACACUAUUCACGAGCUCUUCAGACGAUUCACUUUAACAUUCGCAAUAAUAAAAUGCACAACUCCAAUCGAAUCCCCAACAACAUCAAGCCGAAAUACCGCCCAGCACGUUGUGGUAAACAAAUCUACUGAUAAGGAAUGCUGUGUAGAAGAACAACAACAAACAUAACAUACGAGUACAUGCCUACCGAUUUUACGUUGGUGUAAACAAAAAAUUACCACAAAAGCGACGACCAAAAUCAACAGUGUGACCGAGUGACAGGUGUUUCAACAACAUUUGACAACUGCAAUGUUGAAAUGACAGCACACAACUAAAAUCGAUAAUUGAAAAAGACUUGCGCAUUAGACGCCCAAGAAUGGUGAAAAGAGCAGAUAAAAAUUUUUGCAGCGCACUGCAAACGAUGCACAUAAAAUAAUUUUGCAUAGGAAAAGUCUUUGAAAAAUUAUAUUGAAGAGCUAAAAAAUAUAUUCAAACUUAAAAACUAAAUUUAAACGUGUAAUAAUUAGUGGGAGAGUGGUAAAUCUGAGUGGCAAAUCUGAAAUCUGUGGCUGUAAAAUUGGGCAGCAGCCAGACAUGUAAAAGUUGUGAAAAACUCGCAAAGUGAAAAAUCGAAAUUGUCGAACGAUAUAUUAAGCAAACCAAUAAAUGGGCGAAAAUUUAAGCAGUCUUACUUGAGCAGCGGUUGGGCAGCAAAAGAGUAGUUGACAUUGCUGCUCCUUUAUCGAUUAAAAACACGAAAGGUGCUGAUGACUAUUUAAACGGUAAUAGCGGAUAGUUUCAGUAAAAAAGCAAACAAAAAACGGUACUAAGACAAAAACUAAAACAUAUAACAACAAAUAACUUUCAAUUCGAAAAAAAAGAAAAAUUAGAUUUCUGCACUAAACGGUUAAAAGUUGAAAGACUUAAAAAAAAAGAAAAUCAUCAAAUAUAUUCCAUCAGAUAAACACUAGAAUAACCCUUUGCCUCUUUUGAAAGCCAGCACGGCACAUUGCAUGAAAAAAUCUGCCUUCGUGCGCCGCUAAGUAGACUAUACUUAAAUAUUUGCUUUUGUGCUUAGUGCCAAGGUACAUAACAAAACCACAAACAAAACUACAGCAAAAACAACAACUACUUGUUACUCUUCAUUAUCAAAUAGACGACGACGACUUGAACACCUUGAAAGUGCAUAUACAUACACACAUAUAUAACUGUUAAAUAGCGGAAAUGGAAUCCGCACAAGCCACAACCUAUGAACCACUCGAAGGUCGUGGCGCCGGCAUCCGCCAUGAGCCCAUGGACAGUCCAGAGGCGGAUGUACGCACACCCAAAGAUCACAAACAUGCAGUGUACUUGGCAUUGCUGGCAGCUGGUAUUGGCUUUGUGUUGCCAUAUAAUAGCUUCAUCAUCGCCGCCGAUUAUUGGCAAGCACGUUUCCCCGGACGCUCAGUGGCACUGGAUAUGUCUAUGACAUAUAUAAUUGUCGCAUUUGCUACCGUUUUGCUCAAUAAUGUUUUUCUAUCGUUGGCACCAUUUCGUGUGCGUGUCCUUUUCGGUUAUGUGGUGUCCUUUACUACGCUCAUCUUUGUGGCUGUGUGUGAGGUGGCCUUUCAUAUGUUUGCUGCCAAUACAGCAUAUUCGGUAAAUUUGGCUGCUGUAUCGCUGGUGGCCAUCGGUUGCACAGUGCAACAAUCGAGUUUCUACGGCUUUGCCAGCAUGUUGCCCAAGCAAUAUACCCAAGCUGUUAUGGCUGGCGAGAGCGUUGCCGGCUUUUUGGUAUCUUCCAAUCGUGUGGUCACUAAGUUGCUUAUUCAAAACGACCGUGUGUCGACAGUGAUCUUCUUUCUCACCUCAACCCUCUACAUACUCUUCAGCUAUGUGCUGCAUCUAGCAACCAUACACUCGCCAUUUGUGCGAUACCACAUGAAGGCAUGCGCCAAGAUUGUACUCAGGCCUGACGAAGAUCGAUUGCAAAAUGACCUUGACGGCGGUACGCCCAUCGCCAAGUAUGGCGUACUCACGCUUGAACCCACUUCACCACCAGCGAAUGCUGCUAAUAACACCACAGGCGCGCUAAGUUUCAGUAACCCGGUUUAUGAGCUAUCCAAUCCCACGGCUGGUGAGAGUGUCAUCGAGGGUCUCAAUAGCUUACCCGAUAUACCGAGCACACCACAGGAACCCACCACGCCAACUACGGUCGCUUUCAAGGUGGAGCAUGUGCUUACACCGGGCACUUGUACGCCCGGCAAGUUAAGCGAUUUGAAAAACGGCUUCGUUUCGCGCUGGACUGUCGCACAGGCAAUUUACCCCUACAUGGUCUGCAUCGCACUCGCCUACUGCGUCACGCUCUCUCUAUAUCCUGGCAUCGAAUCCGAGAUCAUUUCUUGCAGUCUGGGCACUUGGUUACCGGUAUUGCUAAUGUUCACCUUCAAUACAGCUGAUGUGAUUGGCAAGAUACUUGCCGCAGUGCCAUAUCCAUGGUCACGGCGUCAGCUUAUCCUAAUGUCCGGUCUGCGCAUCGUUUUGGUACCGCUGCUAUUGCUGUGCUGCGCACCAAGGCAUCAACCAGUCAUUUCGGGCGAGACUGCAGCAUUUGUCUUCACAAUCGGAUUGGGCGUCAGUAAUGGGCUCGCUGGCAGUCUUCCAAUGAUGCUCGCACCAGCCAAGGUGCCUGGCACCCUCAAAGAGGUGACCGGUAACAUGAUGACACUCUCCUACAAUGUCGGGCUGACAACUGGUUCACUAAUCGGCUAUGUUUUCGAAUCUAUGUUGGGCGCGCAGCUCACCAAUCCCUGUCCGACCUAUCCCUAUGCACCGGCCUCAAUGUUGGAUCCAACAGGCGCGCAUGCGCAAUUUCUCAGCACCACAACCAGCACAACAAGUACCGCAGCGCCAGUGUUGAAUACAACAGCCGUCGCUGCGGCGUUACUCACCACCACAGUUUCGACGCUCUUGCCCACCACCGAGGCAAGUACAACUGCGCUGGCGGCAACAGCAGCGGCGGCUGGAACAACCACAGUUGCGGCAGCAGUGAGCACAACUAGCACAUCGGUGGCGCCACUGCUACCGACACUGAUGACGCCGACAGCCACAGCGUUCAUCACCUCGACGGCGGCGACGAUCUUGAGUUCGGUGUCGGGUACGAUCGAUAAUGUGGUCUCGGCCAUGGUGAGCACUGUCUCAUCGAUGGGUCUGGACCUGAGUGCCGAUGCGAGCAUAAGCACCACAGAUCCGCAGACGCCAAAUGAGCUGAUGCAGAGGAUUUAAAUGAGGAAAAAAGGAGUUCGAAGGCAGAGAAUGAGCGAAUACGGAAUGGGUUUUACUAAGUCAAACAACGCUGAAAGGAUUGGCCGAGUUUUUAAUGAGUCUGUCCUUUAGGAAGAAGGAGCACAUAUUUUUGUUCUUACGAAGCAAGUGUUUUCUAAAAAUUUUGUAAAUAGCUGAUUUCGAUAGAAAAGCACGAGGUGUUUAGUAUAUAUUAGGGCGAGUCGCGCGCCUUUUUGUUGUUUUUAACUGUAUAUACCUCGCUAUGUGUGCAUGACUGAAGUGAAGGUGGCCAGAUUUAUAAAAAUAAUCGCAUUACUUAAAUUUAAAAACAAAGCAAAAAAUGAAAAAAAUAAUACGCGCGGACUAA